CAGUGAUGGAGGAAUCACUCAGGUGUAUCUCCCUCUGUGAUCCUGAGGGUGUCCAUGCCUUCAUCCUGGUCCUACCUGUGGCUCCCCUCACCGAUGAAGACAAGGGAGAGUUAGAGACCUUCCAGAACACAUUCAGCUCUCGAGUCAAUGACUUCACCACGAUUCUGUUCACUGUGGACUCAGAUCCUACAGAUCCAGCUGUUAUUAACUUUAUAAAGCGGAACAAGAACAUCCAGGAGCUCUGUGAGAGAUUUGGAGGAAGAUCAGUUGAUCUCAAUGUCAAAGACAAACAGGAGAUCCCACAGCUGUUAGAUACUGUGGAAAGAAUGAGACUGGGCAAGGACAAACCAGGUAGUUAUACAACUGUAACAUUUGCACGUGCUCAGAUAGAAAAGAUUGUACAACAAGAAAGAACUAUCACUCAGCAACAGGCUGAACUUGAAAAACUGAAAAACAAGAAACAUGACACAUAGCCUCUCAGGAUUGUGCUGAUUGGGAAGACUGGAAAUGGAAAAAGCUCAUCAGGAAAUACCAUUCUAGGAAAAAAGCAAUAUAAAGCUGAACCGAGUCAAACAUCAGUCACCAAAUGUUGUCAGAAAGAAUAUGGUGAAGUGGAUGGUCGCCCUGUUGUUGUGAUCGACACUCCUGGUCUCUUUGACAACAGUUUAACAAAUGAACAGGUUCAAGAUGAGAUGGUGAAAUGUGUCAGUCUUCUGGCUCCAGGACCACAUGUCUUCCUGCUGGUGAUACAGAUCGGCAGAUUCACAGAAGAGGAGAAGAAAACACUCAAUUUAAUCCAGGAUGGGUUUGGAAAAAACUCUGAAAAGUUCACCAUCAUUCUUUUAACUGGAGGAGAUAAACUAGAGAACGAUGAUGUGUCCAUAGAAGAUUACAUAAAAACCAAAUGUGAUGAUUCCUUUAAGAAGCUGAUCUCUGACUGUGGAGGAAGAUACCAUGUGUUCAAUAACUGUGAUAAAAAAAACCGCCAACAAGUCAGUGAGCUGAUAACAAAGAUUGACACCAUGGUGAAGGAAAAUGGAGGAAACUGCUUCACCAAUGAGAUGCUGCAAAAGGCUGAAGCAGCAAUAAAGAAGGAAAUGGAGAGAAUCCUGAAGGAGAAGGAAGAAGAGAUGAAGAGAAAAAGAGAGGAGCUAGAAAGAAAACAUGAGGAAGAAAAGGAAGCCAUCAAAACAAGAAUGGAAGAAGAGAAGGAAAAACUUCAGCGGGAAAGAGACCAGAAACUGAAGGAAAUGGAGGAUAAUAUGAAUAAGGAGCGUGAGGAGAGAAAGAAAGAACAGGAAAUGAGAAAAAGAGAGAACAGGAAACGGGAAGAGGAGGAAGAAAGACGAAGGCAGGAUUUUAUAAAGCAGCUUGAAAUGUUGGACAAACAAAUUCAGUCAGAAAAAGAGGAAAAGAAAAAUGUGGAGAGAAAGCUGGAACUGGACGAAAGCAGAGAAGAGAUGAAGAGAAAACAAGAAGCCUGGGAGAAAGAACGAAGAGAAGAAAGAGAGAAGCGAGAACAAGAAGAUAAACAGAGACAACAGAAGGAGGAAGAAAGAAUGAAAAAACUUGAAGAAAAGUACAAACAGGAAAAAGAAAGUUAUGAAAACAAAAGAAAAGAAUAUGAGAGCAGGAGAGAAAAGGAGGAGAAAGAACAAAAAGCACGGGAGGAAAACUAUAAAAGAGAAGUGGAGGAUCUGAAGCAGAAGUAUAACGAUCAGGCCAGAAGAGAAGCUGAACAACACAGAAAGGAAAUUUCAGCUCUGAAACAAAAGCAUGAGAAAGAAAUGAAAGACAAAUGUGAAGAACAACUAAAGAAAAAGCACCAAGAAAAUGAAAAGCUACAGAAACAGCACCAAGAAGAAAUCAGUUACACAACAUCAACAUUUGUAUUCGGAAAAAUGGAUCAAAUUUCACAACAGCAGACAAAAAUAAUUUCUCUACAGGAGGAGCUUAAUGAGAUGAGGUCAAAGGUCACAGACACUGGUGAUGAUGAGAACAUGGACAUGGAGCCUCUCAGGAUUGUCCUGAUAGGAAAGACCGGCUGUGGAAAGAGCUCAUCAGGAAACACAAUUCUAGGAAGGAGAGAGUUUAAAGCUGAAUCAGCUCAACAGGCAGUAACUACAUACUGUCAGAAAGUACAGGGUGAAGUGGACGGUCGUCCUGUUGCUGUGGUCGACACUCCUGGUUUCUUUGACACAACUCUGUCACAUGAAGUUCAUGAGGAGUUGAUGAAAUGUGUCAGUCUUCUGGCUCCAGGACCACACGUCUUCUUGUUGGUGAUACAGAUCGGCAGAUUCACAGCAGAGGAGAAGGAGACAUUAAAAUUAAUCAAGAAAUUCUUUGGGAAGAAUUCAGAAAACUUCACCAUCAUUCUUUUAACCAGAGGAGACGAUCUGGAAGCUGAUGAUCAGACCAUUGAUGAGUACAUUGAAAAAAAAUGUGAUAAUUCCUUCAAGAAGCUGAUCUCUGACUGUGGAGGAAGAUACCAUGUGUUCAACAACCGUGACAAACAAAACCGUACACAAGUCAGCGAGCUGAUAACAAAGAUUGACACCAUGGUGAAGAACAAUGGGGGAAGCUUCUACACCAAUGAGAUGCUGCAAGAGGCUGAAACUGCAAUACAGAAAGAAAUGCAGAAGAUCCUGAAGGAGAAAGAAGAAGAGAUGCAGAGAGAAAGAGAAGAACUUGAAAGGAAACAUCAGGAAGAAAAGAAGAGCCUGCAAAGAAGAAUGGAAAAACAGAGAGAUGAGACUGAAAAAGAGAGAAAACAGAGAGAGAAGCAGCUUCAAGAAAUGGAGAAAAACAUCAAAAUAUCUGAGAGAGAACAGAAGAGAGAAGAAGAACUUAGAGACGAGGAAGAAAAUAAAAGAAAAAUGCAGGAAGAACGUCAACAACAGGAGUGGGAAAAAGAACGAGAAGCUCUGGAGAAAAAAAUCAAGUCAGAAUCAAAGGAAAAGGAAAUCACUGACAGAAAACUGGAGAAGGUUAAAAGAGAGAUGAAAGAAAAACGAGAGAUUUGGGAGAAGGAAAGAAAAGAGUGGUGGGAAAAACAGCAUCAAGAUGAACUGAGACGUCAGAAGGAGAGAGAGAAACUGAAGAAGCUUCGAGAAAAGUACAAACAGGAAAUAGAAAAAUAUGAAAACAAAAGAAAAGAAGAAGAUCGACUCAAAAGAGAACAAGAAGAGAAGGAGCGAAAAGAAUUAGAGGAAAACUACAAGAAGAAAAUGGGAAACAUGAAAACAAUUUAUGAAGAGGCCAGAAAACAAGCUGAAGAGUUCAAUGAGUUCAGAGAAAAAUAUUACAAAGAACUCAAAACUCUGACGUUAAAACAUGAUGAGGAGCUGAAAGCUCUGAAGCAUAAGCAUGAGACAGAAAUGCAACAGAAACAGAACGAACACAGCAAAGAGUACAAGACAUUAGAAGACCAAGAAAAGAAAAAAGAAGAGGAAAUCAAAACCCUGAAAGAAAAACAACAAAAAGAAAUGGAUGAUUAUCUUGACCUCAGCGUGGUAAAAGUCAAGAAGUGUACCAUCAGCUGA